AUGAAUUGGAAGAAGGCGAUUCAUCGAGUAACUGACAAGUUUAAAAGAGACAGAAGUUCACGCGAAAUUUCCAAAUCAAAAAGCUCAGUGAUAUAUUAUUCGGAUAAAUCAUGGCUAAACCUUCGCUUUGAUGAUUCGAGUGGAAUAGCGAUUACAAAGCCUGCCGAUCUCGAAGAUCGAAUGAGAGAACCGGAUGGUGCGAUUGACGAAGAUUUAUUAAAGCGAGUUCAAGGAUCAAUGGUGGGAAUGGCUCUUGGUGACGCUCUUGGAGCAAGUGUCGAAUUUCGACCACGAGAAUAUCUUGAGAAUAAUCCUGUACGAGAUUUGCAGAGUGGUGGUACGUGGGGCCUGGCCAAGGGACAAUUCACUGAUGAUACUUCAAUGGCAUUGUGUUUAGCUAGCUCGCUCGUAGUGAAAAAAGGUUUCAAUCCUUAUGAUCAGUUAGUUCGUUAUAAGUGGUGGUACAGAUACGGAUAUAUGUCAUCAACUGGUGAAUGUUUUGAUAUUGGUAAAGCAACACGAGACUCGUUGGAAAUGUUUGAAGAACGUCAGAAAAUAUAUGCCGAUCAAAGUCGACAAAUUUCGAGAGAUGUAGAUUCACUCUCCUAUCCUGAUCAGCUGCAAACAUUCGAUGUCAAUUGUAGUUGUGAUGGAGUUGCUGGUAAUGGUGCGCUUAUGCGCCUCGCCCCGGUGCCUUUAUUUUUCUAUCAAUAUCCAGAAUAUGCAGUAGAAUAUUCUGGUCUUAGUGGACAAAUUACCCACGGUGAUGUCAAAGCGUAUGAUGCAUGUCGAUAUUACGGCGCUCUCAUCGUUGCCGCCAUUCAGGGACAAAAAAAAGAUGAUAUUCUCGGUGAUGAUUUCUACUCGAAAAAUCGCUCAUGGUUCGGUAAACAAGAAUUAUGUUCUGACAUACGAAAGAUAGCUAAAGGAUCUUUCAAGAAGCUCGACGGAUACUAUGGAGGAAUACGUGGUAAAGGGUACAUCGUAGAUGCUCUCGAGGCAGCACUUUGGGCAUUUUGGUCAGAUAACAAUUCAUUUAGAGAGGGCGCACUUAAUGCUGUUAAUCUGGGCGAUGAUACUGAUACGACAGCUGCGAUCUAUGGACAACUAGCGGGUGCAUAUUAUGGAUUGAAAGGUCUCGACAAGGAAUGGGUUCGUCAAGUAUAUGCGAGAAAGUUUAUACUAAACUUGAGCAAGUGGAUUGCAUAUGAAGGAACACUCUGGCAACCCAGAGAAUAUUUAUCAUCGCAAUUUCCAUCUGGCAUAACAACGAACGAAAUCUUAGCUGGUGGGUUAAUUCCGAUUGAUGCGAACAAAUCUGUCAUCAAUGAGCUCACACAGACACUAAGCCAAAGGUCAUCUAAUAACUUAGUAGAAAGCUCGUACGAAAUAGAUCAACAUCAAUCUGGUGCAGCGCUGAAUGGAGUACUUUCAAACAGAACACAUUCAAAUGCCGAUGUCCCUGUAGUAGACCACGAAAUAUCCAACAAACGUCAACUGCGAUCUAGAAAAUCUCGUGGUGAAGAACGUUCUAAUUUAUCAACCACACACAAAACUUUAACCAAUUGUCCUUCGGAUGAGUAUCGUGCACCACUAGUAGAAAGUACAAAUCAAAAUUUGUUUCAUCAAGCUUAUAACACAGAAACCAUGGCGUACAGCACACUCACAGUGGAACCUCCUGUCGUACGCCGACAUACUAAACGAACCGUAGCAACGGAUUAUCGAGCUGGUACAGAUAGCAUCCCCGUUCCUAGCACAGAACCAGAAAAAACUCAUCACUCGAAACGUAAUAAUCGAUCGGCAUCCUCAUCCAAUUCGAAACGACAAUCCGGUGAUCAUACUGACACGAUUAUUAGAAAUCCAUCAUAUGAAAUAAACAAUAAUGAACAUACGCGCGGUCAUAGACGCAGUGACCGUCAUGCCAACAAUCAUGACUCGCAUAAAAACCGAAUAUCUUUGUCUGACUCAACGCAGAUAGUUCCACACGAUGGAGAACAAUCGAGAAGAACGCGAACGCCAAGAUCUUCUAAUACAACUCGAAUGCCUAGAAAUUAUGACGGUUCAACUCAAAUGUGA